AGGGUGAUAGCCACUCAUGAAUCUGAGAAGCUAACACUUCCAGAGAGCUACAAUCUUCCUUCCAGCACUUAACUUUACGAUUCAGUCAUCCUUGUUCCUGAAGAGUUUGCUGUGUGUUGAUCCCUAAAAGACAUGGCUGCGGAUUGGUUGGGUAGUUUAGUGUCCAUCAACUGCGGCCCAUCACUGGGAGUGUAUCAAGGAGAGGUAACAUCUGUGGACCAGUCCAGCCAAACCAUCUCCUUGAGACAACCGUUCCACAAUGGAGUCAAGUGUCCUGUUCCCGAGGUCACAUUCAGUGCCAUUGAUAUAAAAGAGCUGAAGAUCUUAGACAUCAGAAACGGCAGUGCCAAGACCAGCUCUUCUGCAUCCACAAAAGUAAACAGUGCUCCGGUUGCAGUCCCAAAGGGAGACCCCAGGUCGGUGGAGAAGGUGAACUCUCCCCCGCAGUGCUCAAAAAGCCACGGAGAGCGUCACCCGGACAUUCCUGGUCAGCCCAAAGGAUUCCGGCGAAGACACAAUUCCUGGUCGGCCAGUAGUCGAGGGGUAAACCAGGUGACGCCGAAAAAGAACGGGGUGAAGAAUGGCCAGAUGAAGCACAGAGAUGACGAGUGCUUUGGCGAUGCCGUGGAUGAAGAACUGGAGACAGACUUUGACUUUGAAGGAAACCUGGCUCUUUUUGACAAAGCAGCCGUUUUCUCAGAGAUCGAUACAACAGAGCGUCGUAACGGCGCCAGGUCGCGCGGGACGCCACAGGACCCGGCGCUUACGCGUUACCGCCACGAUGAGAACAUCCUGGAGGCCAAACCUGUCGUGUACAGACAAAUAACUGUACCGCAGCCGGGGGACAAAGAGUAUUGCACUGACUCUGGACUUGUUGUACCCAGCAUAUCCUACGAACUCCACAAGCGUCUGUUGUCACUUGCUGAGCGUUACGGUCUCUCACUGGAGCGAAGACUUGAAAUGACUGGAGUGUGCGCCAGUCAGAUGGCACUUACAUUGCUGGGUGGGCCCAACAGAUUCACUCCCAAAAACUUACACCAGCGUCCCACGGUGGCCCUGCUGUGUGGCCCUCAUGUUCAGGGCGCUCAGGGCAUCAGCUGUGGUCGUCACCUGGCCAAUCAUGAAGUGGAGGUCAUCCUGUUUCUGCCCAAUUUCGUCAAGAUGCUUGACUCGGUCACCAGCGAGCUCACACUCUUUAACAGAACGGGGGGCAAACAGGUGUCAAGUAUCAAAGACCUUCCAGACACACCGGUGGACCUAAUAAUUAACUGCCUGGACUGCCACGAAAACACAUUCCUAAUGGAUCAGCCUUGGUACAGAGCAGCUGCUGGCUGGGCGAACCAGAAUCGAGCGCCCGUGCUCAGCUUGGACCCCCCAGUGAGUGGACAGGGUCAGGCAGUCGAGGCCAAGUGGUCCCUCUCUCUCUGCCUCCCGCUUCCCCUGGGUGAGGCCGCCGGCCGGGUUUACCUGUGUGACAUAGGUAUUCCUCGCCAGGUGCUCCAGGAAGUCGGAAUCAAGUACCACUCUCCGUUCGGGUGCAAAUUUGUCAUCCCCCUGCACUCUGCGUCACAAGACUAACGGUCAACACGACAGGUUGAAUCUUUCACCAUCCUUGACCAUUUGGGCUUGGUCGCCUUAUAUUAGAAAGUUUCAGCGGUAAUUCAGCUCAACACUUAAGUUUCUAACUCCUCACUAUGUGAAAGGGACUGUUCCGUCACAGUGAAGGACCAUGGUUUGGUACCAUUUAGGUCUGUAAGGAGUCAAUACAGGAAGGGAGAAAAAAAAGGCUUUCAAAGCUUUUUGAAUAAAUAGAUGUCAAAACGAGUGUCUAUACAAAUAUAUUUACAUACAAGAUAUUAUGAUGCUGAAAAACUUACACAAUGUUCAGUUAAACAUUUACUAGGACAAUCCUAAAAUGGUAAACUACUGAAUGUCAUUGUAACCUAAUGUCAUUCCAAAGCCAUGUGAAUAAGAUCAUCCAAUUCAUACAAAUAUCAUGUUCUUACAUUCAUCUGGAUGAGCCAACAGAAGGGACUAUCGCUAAUGUCUCUGCUUCAAUACUUUGCAGUAUUCAGUAAAUGUUGUCGGAUGUUUUAUUAGGAUAGAGUUUUCAUCCUGAACCUUCAUCUGUGUGUUUUCACUGAACCAAUGUUAUGUGGACCAGCUCCUGGAGAGAAUCCAGAUAUCAGCAGUGUUGUUUGUCCAUGGUUAACCAGGCUGUGGUCAUAAGGGCUCCGAAAAACCUGAGCAGUGAGGAAGAAUUUAAUUUAAUUGGUAAAACUUAAGGACCAUACCAGUGUUUUUGUAGGUUUCAGGUCCUUAAAUACAAACCGUAUUUUGUUUCCCGCUGAACUUAAUGUUGGCUAUGUUUUUUUUACAUUUUUUACUGUUCCAUAUAGAUGUUGGUUUCUAUUGAUUUACUGUAAGAAAAUGUCAUCCUCUUAAACUCAAUUAUGUGAAUUCUCCACAGUGAGCAUUACAUCUGUUUGUGUCAAUGUUAUAGUAUUGUGUGGUAAUGCAGUUCAAGCACAUUUAUUUGCUUAAGUUAGCACUGCAUCACUAACAAUCAUUAAUACAGACUUGAUCAAAAUGUAGAUUACACAACGUAAGCAUGUUUUUUUUAUAGAGUUUUUGAAAAGAUUCCGACAUUGUACGGAAAUAAAUAGAAGCCAAUGAUUGUUUGGAACAGUCGAAGAAACAUCUUAAUUUCUUUCUUUUUUUAAACUGCAUAAUUCACAGGUUGUUGUGAUGUAGAAUGUAAAUGAUUUGUGACAAAUGGGGAAAAAGAUGCACUGGUACGGUACCCUCAGUUACAAAAAAAGUUUUUUUAACCGUUCAGGUUAGAAUGUGAAAGUUUUGUUGGCUGAGAAUUUUUCUAAAGUACAGACACUCUGUGGGAUUCAAUGCAUUUUCUUUGGUUGAGUAAUCUCGACCUGAACUCAGAAAAUGAUCAACAUGCACCGUCCUGCAAAGUCGUUUGCAAACAUGUUUUUGACCGGGACUUAGCCCGUCUCUGUAUCUGACUGUUACUGGUAUUGACCAUAAAACUAAAGUAUAGACUACGAAGUACAUAAUUAACAUGAGUGCAGAGCUGCUUUUUGCUUUGCUGCUUUUUAAAGCCUUGACAGACAGGUCAGAGGCCUCUGUGAUGCCAGGUCAAACCCUUGUUGCUGGUUCUUUAAAAAGACCAGAGCUCCAUAUCACUGAGGUCAGUGGAGUGUAGAAAAGGCUGAUUUGAAAUGCAGACGGCUACAAAUCGCUCUGUUAGGUCCGUGGUGUUCGGUGUGCCAUCACAUUAGCUCAUUAACAUCUCAGGAGGAUGAAAAAAGAAAAGAUUGUGUUGUAUUUGUUGUGUUUUCUUUGUGCACACACGUCUCUGCACUCAAUCAGUGGAAAUAACUGCCAUGCACAAAUUGUUCUGUCCUCUCUCCAACAUUCCUGCAGCCUGAUGUGUUAUGUCACAUCUGUCCGGACAAGUCUGGCUUGGGAAACAUCAGCCUUGAAUGUACUUGAAAUGUUUUCUGUCUCGUUUGGCCGCCAGGGGGCCACGCAACCACACGUUUAAGCCGCGGCGCUUCCUUAUUCUGUUGAAUCUGAUGUAAUGGCAGCUUUAAUUCUAUUUCCUCAACGGAUGGGGUCAUCACCUAACAUAAUGUGAACAGUCAUAAGUUGUUGUUUGGAUCUGGGUUUUCACCGGAAGAAGAAGAAGUUAUGUUGCCUGAAGUUAGUUUGGGAGUUUGAAAUGAUUUGACCUGCGGCGGAUGUUUGCUCCGUGAAAACUCAGUGUUCAUUUGAGCCGCGUUAAAAAAGCUGGUGAUAUGUUGUAUUCGUGUUUCCUGCAUGGAUCGAAGUUCACAGUCAGGUCUGCUGGUGUGUGAACCCUGUGCGGUCCUCCUGUGUCACAUCUGGAGACUGGAACUAUCAAUAAAAACAAUCACCACUGA